CGUCCAAAGAGGGCGUAAAACAAUCCGCCAUUUUGUCUCUAUGACAAUUACGGAAUUUAUGAUUUUAUUAAUAUAAAACCCGAAUAAAUCGGCCAAAUCUCAAUACAAAAGUGAUAUUUCAAAAGCUGUGCAGUAUUUUGAGAUCCUGUGAUAUUUGUGUCUCCAACUAUUUUGUUUACAUACAUCUUGACGUUUUUAGUUGAUCGAAUUUGACGUCGAUUACAGAGUUCGUAGAAUAUCAAAAUGGGCACAAGAGAGGACGAAUAUGAUUAUUUGUUCAAAGUUGUCUUAAUCGGAGAUUCUGGGGUGGGAAAAAGCAGUCUCCUCUCACGGUUCACUAGAAACGAAUUCAACUUAGAGUCAAAAUCCACAAUAGGUGUGGAAUUUGCAACAAGAAGUAUAGAGGUGGACGGUAAAACCAUAAAAGCUCAGAUAUGGGACACGGCGGGCCAGGAGCGGUACCGCGCGAUCACGUCGGCGUACUACCGCGGCGCGGUGGGCGCGCUGCUCGUGUACGACAUAGCGAAGCACCUCUCGUACGAGAACGUGGAGCGGUGGCUGCGCGAGCUGCGCGACCACGCCGACCAGAACAUACUCAUCAUGUUGGUCGGCAACAAAAGCGAUCUUAGGCAUCUCAGGUCUAUCCCAACAGAAGAGGCAAAAGCUUUCGCGGAAAGGAAUGGUCUUAGUUUUAUUGAAACAUCCGCUCUCGACUCUACUAAUGUGGAACCCGCAUUCCAGAAUAUUCUGACUGAGAUCUACAGGAUCGUGUCGCAGAAGCAGAUGCGCGACCCGCCCGAGGGCGACGUGAUCCGGCCCGACGCGGAGGCGGCGGACGCGCGGCCCUCGCAGGCCGACAGCGUGCGCAAGCAGUGCUGCCAGUAGCCGCCACACACACCUCACACUGAAAGUCCAAUGUUGAAGCUGAAGAAAGAUAUGCGAGUGGCUGGAAUUCUAAACCCAAUCUUCAAACGAAUCAUUCCUAGACAGUGGUCUUACCAUCACAUUAAUGUUGUCAGCUCAUAAGUAUCUAGUCUACAUGUAUAUUAUGAGUUCCGACUAGACAGACAGAAAUAAUAUCUAGAUGUUUCUCUGCGUCGUUGAGCACUACGGCUACGACAGGUAUUUCAUGCUGGCAACAUCAACUCAGGCGGUUAAGAGUGGCUCAUGUAGAUAGCUUUGUGUAAUUAUUGUUAUUUAGUGUCCAAACGAAUAAAAUACGAAAAAAUAUAAUAAAUAUCGUAUUGUGAACAGAAUUCAUUAUAUCACAUGGUAGAUUCCAGGCUUCGGUUAUAGCAAGCAAGCACCUCUAUUAUGUUGGCGCAUACUUUAAGACUGGCAACAUUAGCGCUGACUGUUGAAUUUUUAGUGUAAUUAACUGAUGCGAAGAAAGGUUCACGAGUGACAACUUCGUAUAUGUAAACUCUAGGCCACCUCCUAUCAGAUGGAGCGAUGCCUUUUUAUAUAUUUUGCAGGACGUCAAAUGAAGGAUUCUGAUCAUUCGUGAUCGUUCCUUGUUCCUGUCUAUGAGGAAGACCUACGUCCAUUAUUGGACAGUGAAUAGCAGAAGUGAUGAUAAAAUAUUUCUGAAAUGAUCAUUAAUAUGUUUUUUAUAGGAGGUGGACUUAUAAAUCUGGUCCUUCGAGCCGGAUUAUCGUGAAACUUUGUGUACUAUCGCAAAUGCUUUAAAUUAAUUGUGUUAAGUUUGACAGGCAAUAAAACAUUGCCAGGCUUACAGGGUGCGUCAUAUUAAAUUGACGCUCCUCCUAGUUCACUUGCGUAUUUUGUUGAAUUAUCAUUUCUAUUAUGGGGAGACAAAGUUUUAUUUCGACUUAGGUAAUAAUUCAUAUUAUAUCUAUUUAUUUAGUGAAUUUAUCGUUGGCUGAUUAAGUAAAACCGGUUUUGUAAUGCCUUGGUAUUUUAUAAAAUUAUUUUCCACACAGCAAUAAAUUUUCGGCUGGAUCGAACUAUCUUGUAAACGUGUCGAAUAUCACACAAAUAAUAGCUUCAUAAUAUUAAAAUGUUUUUGUAUUACACUAGCGAGUAGUUUAACUAAGUAACGAGAUAGCUUUUUUAAAACAACAUUUUUUUUCUUAAUUUCUUUAUUUACGUAUAUUACGUGCCUUGGAUGGAUGGACGCCCGUUGUAUUGUCAAUAUUUGGCGCGGACUGGUAUCGCAUUAUAAUUGAAAUAAUCGAUUUAUUUAGUAAACGUGUGGUGAUUGCUAUUCAUCAAUAUAUGAGGAUUGUUCAACGCCUCGUGACCUACGAUUCUGCUAAUGUACAAACACUUUAAUAAAAUACUAAUGUAAUAAUUUUACAUACUCCAUAGAGAAUCUAUUAAGUUGAUAAUACACAUACAUUGUUUUACACAUUAAUUGUGUAUUUUAACAAUGAUCAAAACGUUUUUGAUGUAUACUUUUGUAUCUAUGCCUUAUACGUUUGGAUCAUUUGUAAGUUAUCAAAAUAGAUUUGCACAGUAGUAAUGUACGCGAUGCGACCGCUACAUAUCGGAUUCUAUACAGUAAUAGUUGCUAACUAUCGCACUAUAUAAAAAGUCGCGUUUUCGGUUCGUAACAAAUAUUGAUGUGCAGUACAACUAAAGGUGAAUUCGUUUAGGAAUCUUCGACACGCUUCAUAUAUCCAAUAACAAGAUAUCCAAUAAAAAAAAUAUGCUGAAUUUAGUCUAUCCAGCCUCCGAAGACGAGUGGCAAACGAAUCUACCGAUAGAAUCGUUAUCGCUAGCGAGUCAGUGUGAUAGAAAGAGAUGGCGACAUCCUUUGUCUUGUUCUUUCUCGUGCGAACGCUACCCGAAACGAUUCUAUUGAUAGAUUCGUCUGCCACGUGCAGGGGAGCAGAUAUAUUGCCGAAGCAUGGCGAAGAUUUCUAUCCGCCAUAUUGUACUAGAACGGGUAUAGGACAUGUACAUUUAUUGAAGCUUUCAUUGUUUUAAUAACGUUCGUUAUUAGUCAGCUAACGUCGCUAUCUCAUCGGGAUUCGGUUCCCCGAAGUUGCAAUGACGGUGACAGUCGAGUCGGUUACGUUCCAUUAUACGAGUGUACAUUUUGCCAGCAAAUGUAAAAUGCUAGUGCCCUGUAAUACAUUCUAUGUCUGAAAGUGCUAAUGAGAAGGACAUUGAUAUUUUUGUAUGGAAAUCCGUGAAAUAAUUUUCAUUGAAUAGUAAUUCAUGCAGUCGAACCACUAGAUGGCGCUUGUCUAAAAGUAGAAUUUGAUAUCACAGCGAUUUUCUUGUAAGAACGAGUAUAAUCCAACUUUAUAAUAGAUAUUUGAACUACUGCAAAUUUUAAUAUCGUUAUCGCUUGAUUAACGCCAUCUGGUGAUAUCAUAAUGUAACACAUGAUAUGCAGUGUUUUGCCUAUCUAUUAUUUCGAUUACAUUAUUUAAUUUCGUUAAUGGUUAUUGCGAUAAGGCAAAUGUACACUCGUCUCUAUGGGCACACCAUAGUGGACAGUGGUGGUCAGCGAGCGUUGGGCUCCGCGCCAGUCCCGGUUCUAUUGGGGACGUAAUAGGGUUCAAAUCCUUAUAGCUCUUCUUUUUGUAGUAUUGCUAAUCCUCAGUCGGGAUGUUAUAAUAACUUUCAUAUUGAAAUAUUAACCAUAUUUUCCACUAAAACCUCCAAUAAUCCUAUAUUAAUUAACACACUGUUAAUUUUUAUUAUUUAAUAUAUUUUGUCUCUUUCUUUCAAAUGUUUUAACUUCAAAGAGACUCGGGGCCACUUUUGUAGCACGGCACGAAUUUAAUGUCACGAUAUAAAGGGAAAACAAAAUGUAUGGCGGCCCUUUUAAUUUUCCUUCGAAAAUAUCAUGGCAUGAUCGUCGAUGGAAAAUUUAAGUGUUUUAAUGCAGUUUACAUACAUUUUGUUUUCCUAUUAUAUCGUCAUGGUUCCAUGUCGUACUAUGAGAAAUUAUUAAAGCACCUAAAUAAUUAAAAAUAUGUUUAUUAUACGCCAUUGUUAAUAUGGGUUUAAACUUACUGUUCUGUUGGCAGUCGUGAAUCGAAAUAAAGACCCUCGUACACGAGUCAUAGUACUAGACAAUUGUGUGAAUCUUUCACAAAACAUACUUUGCGACCCACGAGUCAGUAUGGAGCCCCUUUAGCCCCCGUCCCCUGGAUCCGAGCCUGUCUCGUGCCAUGUAUCAUUCUCACCAGAGUUUAUUUUAGUCAAACGUCGCUACUAAGGCCUACUCCGUACGUCCCGCCGGGGCGGGGCACGAGAGAUGCGGUGUUCGUUGUAUCUGAUAAAUAUAUUAUUGUAUUAUGGUCAUACAUAUGCAUGGUUAUUUUUUUAGUGCCUAUCUGUAAUUACUUUAUUAAAGACAAAGAUAAUAAAAUAUAAUGUAAAUUC